UCGACUCGAGACCUGUGCUAUAUAUGUACUUGUCUACUCGGAAUUGACUUUUUGUCGGAAGUAAAUAAACAAAAUAUACUAUUUCUCAUUUGAGUACUGUAAUAAAAUGAAUAAUUAAGAGUUAUACCAAGACAUUAUUGUGAAAAUCGUUUUACAUGACGGAUAUUCGGACACAUCGUUGCCAGUGAAGCCGAUACAAUUCCACCGGUAGAAUUACCAUAAUAGAAGAACUGGUGCGACCGGUCGCUAUAUAAAUUCUGUGUCGCCAUGCGGAGGCCCGGCGCGGUCGAUCCGUGAGGUGCGCGGAGAAUCUCGACGACGGAGAAGGUCGAUCGCGAGCCGCGGUCAUGUGGGACCCGUCGACGUUUCUGGGCACGCUCACGCCCAAGUUCUACGUGGCGCUGACGGGCACGUCCUCGCUCAUCUCGGGGCUGAUCCUGAUAUUCGAGUGGUGGUACUUCCGCAAGUACGGCACGUCGUUCAUCGAGCAGAUGUCGCUGGCGCAGCUGAGCCCGUGGCUGGGCGGCCCGGAGCCGGCGGCGGCGGCGGCGGCGGGGGCGGGGGCGGGCGGUGCCGGGGGCGGGGCGGGCGGGGCGGGGGCGGGCGGCGGCGGGGAGUGCAAGGUGUGGCGCAACCCGCUGGCGCUGCUGCGCGGCGCGGAGUACGGGCGGCUGUGGCGCUGCGGGCGGCGCGCGCCGCUCACGUACUACGACAUGAACCUGUCGGCGCAGGACCACCAGGCCUGGUUCGGCUGCGGCGCGGAGGGCGCGGCGGAGGAGGCGAUGUCCCGCGCGUGGCGCGAGCGCGAGCCGGCGGCGCGCGUGGCGGCGGCGCGCGCGGCGCUGCUGCACGCGCCCGACUGCGCGCCCGCGCUGCUGCUGCUGGCCGAGGAGGACGCGCCCACCGUGCACGAGGCGGAGCGCAUGCUGCGGCGCGCGUGGCGCGCGGCGGAGGCGGCGUGGCGCGUGUCGUCGGCGGGCGCGGCGGGCGGCGCGGAGGCGCGGCGCGACGCGGCGGUGCUGGCGCACGUGAAGCGGCGCGCGGCCAUGUGCGCGCGGCGGCUGGGCCGGCUGCGCGACGCCGCGCGACUGUUCCGCGAGCUGGCGCGCGACGCGCCGCCCGCGCUGCACGCGCUGGCGCUGCACGAGAACCUGCUGGAGGUGCUGCUGGAGCAGCGCGCGUACGCGGACGCGCAGGCCGUGCUGGCGCGGUACGACGACGGCGACGCGCCGCGCUCGGCCGCGCUGUGCUACACGGCGGCGCUGCUGCGCGCGCGGGCCGCCGCCGGCGCCGCGCCGCGCGCGCCCGCCGAGCUCGCCGCGCUCGAGGCCAUGCGCCGCGCCAUCGAGUUCAACCCGCACGUGCCCGAGUACCUGCUGGAGCUGCGCGCGCUCACGCUGCCGCCGGAGCACGUGCUGAAGCGCGGCGACAGCGAGGCGGUCGCGUACGCGUUCUUCCACCUGCGGCACUGGCGCCACGCCGAGGGCGCGCUGCGGCUGCUCGCCGUCGCCUGGCAGGCGGCGGGGGGCGCGCGGGGCGCGGGCGGCGGCGGCGCGUGCGCGGCGGGGGGCGCGCGGGGCGGCGCGCGGGGCGCGGGCGGCGGCGGCGCGUGCGCGGCGUGCGCGGACCGCGAGCUGCUGCCGCCGCACCACCUGGCGGCGGGCGGCGCGGGCGGCGCGGGCGGGUGCGCGCCGGCGCCGCGCCGCGCGGGCGCGCUGCUGCCGCUGGCGGCGGGCGUGUGCGCGGCGGCGGCGCUGGCGGCGCUGCUGGCGCACGGGUGGCCGUCGCAGGCGCGGGCGCUGGCGCGCGCGGCGGCGGCCGGGCUGGACCCGCGGCGGCUGCAGGGGCUGCUGUCGGCCGUGUAGUGGUCGCCGGCCGCGGGCCGAGCUCGGCGCGGGGCCGAGAAUAUCACGCAUCCGUUUCUGUUCGCGCUGCUCGUCGAGGCGUGCAGCAUGUGCGCGGUGUUCCUCUACGAGUGCGUCCGCCGCUGCUGCUUGUGCGUAGUGAACGAUCUCUCGUGGGACGACGUCGCGACGAGCGAAUGACGGUUUGCGAUCGAUCUGUUACGUUUGCGCCGUUUCGAUCGCAUCGCAGUGCAGCGGGCGGCGGCGAGAGCGGCGACCGCUACUGAUUCCAAAACGGAAGUAAAUUACUCGUUCGAACCGCAAGAAUUGAAAAUUAUACGACAGUGAAAUGAUAACAAACAACCUUUUAAUCUUUAAUUAGUUUAUACAGAGUCUAAAGUCUAAAACCGAGUAAAAGUUCAGUCAUUUGUAAGUGGUUAAAAACAGACAAAAACCAAAUCAAGAAGUAAGAAAGAAAGAAUUUGGUACCGAGUCUGCGAUAGCUCAAUCGGAGAGUGAUGGUGGUACCAGUGACAAAUACUACAGUGCUAAAAUGUUGUCUACGAAUUCUUCGCGUGUUACAUUAGAAAAUAUGCAUUCAAAUUAGUAUUCGUAUUCAUCCAUUACAGUAUUUUUUUUUUCAUUUCAAUCUCAUACUCGUGAAUAAUUUAAAAAGAAAUUUCAAUUCCAUAUAAAAAAUACGGGCUCUGAAUUACGUACAAGUUGAACCUUCCCAUUCCACUCUUCACACUUAAACAUCAAUUCAUUCACUGUCCAAGCUAUUCGUCUAUGGAGCUCCUUGUCCUAAUUGACUAAAAUCUCCUCACCUCUUCCUGUAAUUGAAUUAUACCUAAUUUUAUUUUUGUUCUCAGUCAAUAUGUAGUGAAUAAAAUGUAUUAGUCUAUAAGUUUAUUCAUUUAUGCUUAUAAAUAAGAAGUAAAUGUUGGUAUAUUGUAAGCGUUUAAUAAAUGUAGUAUCUAGUGUGCGGCUCCUUCCUUCUCUCUCAUUUUGUACAUAGCCUCUGUCAAUACCUGUUGCUUGUCAGAGAUUGCUAUAUAGCGAUAAGAACGCCUAUUGUGAAACACUUAAUAAUGUACUUUUAUUGUUCUUUUAUUGUUUCUCUGUACGCAAUAAAGAGUUAUUAUUAUUAAAUAUGAGUAAUUCGUGA